AUGGAUUCUGACGUCCAGGUAGUUGAGUCCUGCUUGGUGGCGCCAUGCGAGGAGACGCCGAGGAGAGCACUCGCGCUGUCCCCGCUCGAUCUGCUGCUGGCCAACCGCGGCCACACCCCGAUCGUCUACUUCUACCUUCGCAAUACGGCCGGCGACGGCGGCUUCUUCGACGUCGCGAGGAUGAAGACGGCCAUGGGGAAAGCCCUGGUCGCCUUCUACCCUCUCGCCGGCCGUCUCACCGUGGACGACGACCGUGACCAGCUCCAGAUUGACUGCAACGCCGAGGGCGCUCUCUUCGUCGUGGCCCGUUGCACCGGUCUCGCCAUCGACGACUUCGACGGCCUUGGCCCGUCGCCGGAGCUCAAGCACCUGUUCGUCCCCCGCGUCGAUGCGUCGUCGCCUAUCAUGAUGGCCGUGCAGGUGACGUUCUUGAGGUGCGGUGGGGUGGCGCUCGGCACGGCGGUUCACCACGCCGCCGUCGACGCCAUCGGCGCGUUCCACUUCUUUCAGACGUGGUCGGCUCUCUGCCGGGACGGCGACGGGGCCGUGGUGGAGCUGCCGUGCCACGACCGCACCCUCCUCGGCGCGCGCUCGCCGCCGGUCGUCCAUCCGGACGCUCUCUCGGUGUUCUGCCCGACGCUGAAGCUCUGCCAGGCGCCGUCGGAUCACCCGGUCGUGAGCGAGGUGAUCAGCUUCUCCGGUGACCAGGUCGCCGGCCUCAAGAACGCGUGCGGCGGCGGGGUGAGCACCUUCUCCGCCGUGAGCGCGCACGUGUGGCGGUGCGUGUGCGUCGCCCGACGGCUGCCGGCGGACGCCAAGACGCGGCUCACCUUCCCGGCGAGCAUCCGGCGGUGCAUGAGCCCGCCACUCCCCAGCCGCUACUUCGGCAACACGAUCAUCUGGCUGUGCGCCGCCGGCCUAGUUGAGGACAUCACCUCGCCGGACGCGCUUCCCGCCGUCGCCGGCCGCAUCAGCGGCGCCGUCCGCCGGAUGGACGACGAGCUGGCGCGGUCGGCGAUCGACUACUUCGAGAUGACGCUGGAGAAGGGCUCCGGGAGGCCGUCACCGUCGCCGCCGGGCAACGUGGUGGCGACGGACCUGCGGGUGGUCAGCUGGCUCCGCAUGCCGGUGUACGACGUGGACUUCGGGUGGGGGAAGCCGACGCAGAUGCAGCGAGCCGAGUCCGAGCGCGGUGGCUUCGUGUACCUCAUCAACGGCGACGACGACGGCGGCGGCGGCGGGAUGCACAUGGUGGUGUGUAUGGAAGCGGCAAAUCUGAUGGAGUUCAAGCGGCAGCUCUACACCAAGCUCUAG